CCGCCCCCCUCGUCACGCCGGGCGCGGGCGGGGGCGGGGGCUCUGCUGACGCCCUCCUCGCCUUGCCCUUCAGCCGCGCCGCAGUUCCCCGCACCACAUGGACCGGGCCGGCCGGAGCGCCCCCCGCCGCUGACCGCCUGCCCGUCCGCCGGGAAGAUACAGGACAACUGACCACGUGGUACAAGGCUCACCCUCAGGAGCAGCUGCAGGAUCCAAGCCUUCGCCAUGGAGUUUGUGAUGAAGCAGGCCCUGGGAGGGGCUACCAAGGACAUGGGCAAGAUGCUUGGGGGUGAUGAGGAGAAGGACCCUGACGCGGCCAAGAAGGAGGAGGAGCGCCAGGAGGCACUGCGGCAGGAGGAGGAGGAGCGCAAGGCCAAGUACGCCAAGAUGGAGGCUGAGCGCGAGGUCAUGCGGCAGGGCAUCCGCGACAAGUACGGCAUCAAGAAGAAGGAGGAGCGCGAGGCGGAGGCGCAGGCCGCCAUGGAGGCCAACUCGGAAGGCAGCCUAACGCGGCCGAAGAAGGCCAUCCCUCCCGGCUGCGGGGAUGAGCCCGAGGAGGAAGAUGAGAGCAUCCUGGACACGGUCAUCAAGUACCUGCCGGGGCCGCUGCAGGACAUGUUUAAGAAGUAAGGCAGUGGCCGGCCCCCGCCCCCCUAGAGGCCCCCCGGAAGGAUUUCAGGAGCAGAGAGCCCCCCCCCCCAGAAUAAGCCAUAGUCCUGGGUCUCCUGGCCCUCCCCUGCCUGCUGUCUGUGCUGCAGCUGGGCUAGCCACUGGCCUGGGACGCCUCCUGCCCCUUCUCACAGCCCCCCCAGCACCCCGAGGCCUGGGCCCCCCCUCGGUGCACCGUCCCUGCUCGGCCUGAACCAGGAGCACAGCCAUAGUGGGGGGGCGUGCCGGCCCCCACCCCCGCCCACUGACACCGGGUUGCUGGAUCUCCUGUGUCCCCAUCUUGUCUGCAUCCUCACUGUCCCUGUCCUGCCUCUGUCCGCUCCGGAGCCGCCUCCCCAAGGCCUCAGCCCAGCUCCCAACUAAGAGAACAAGCAAUAGGCUGGUCUCCCGAGGCUGGCCCCUCCUGCUCUCUCCCGGCCCCUCCCCUGCUCAGGGGUGGCGUCUGGGGGGGACACAGGCCCUAAGCUGGUGUUGGGUGGUCCCUAGUGUAGGCCAGGCCAGUUGGACAGAAGCCCCCUGUCCCGGUCCCCCCAACCCCUUCACCUUCAGCUUCCUCCACCCCUGUUUAAUUUGGAUCAAAUAUGUUGAAUCUCAGGUAAAUGAGGUCUUCUGUAUUCGAGGGGUUUAUCCUGCAGGAAGAGUGCCUGGCUGCAGGCCCUUCCUGCUCACAUCAGCACCCAUCACGUUCAGUGUUGUGGCCGGGUGCCCCUACCCAGCCCUCAGAAGCCAUAUGCCGUCCGCAAUAUCGCCCCAGCCCUCUGCCCAGACAGGAGCAUGCCCCUGCCACCGCCUGCCCUCACGCCUGUUCCACGCGGUAACAAGCCAGCUCUGUGCAGAGCCUGAUCCCAGCAUGGGGGCCAGAGCAGCUGAGCAUAGCGUAGCCCAUGAUGUCGUCUGUCCGUCUGUCCUUGUGCCUCUGUCCCUUCCUGCAUGUCGGGGGCCACGGCUCGUGUCCUCUUGGAAUCACAGCCAAUAAACAGUGAUUUCACACAA